AGCAGCAAGGAGAGAGCCGGGGGGAGCCGGGCAACGCAGCGCGGGGCCGCCUGCAGCCCCACUCGCUCCGCGCGUCCCUCGCUGCCCGGCACCGCGAUGGAUUGGGGGAACCGCCGCCGCCGCUCCUGAAGCCCCGGACUUUUCCCCUCCCCCUGCCCUUACUCGCCGUGUAGGAGCAGUCGCCCCUAAGACAGACACACGCGUGCACAAGGGCCCCCUCCCCCGGUUCUGCAGAAACUUUCGGCUGCUGUUGUUGUUGUUGGGAUUUUUUAUUAUUAUUAUUUUUUUUUUCUGGCAUUUUUCUUCUCUGUGUAAAAUGGAGGGAGGCAGCCCGAGGAACGCUCUGCAGCCGCGGACGCCCCGCGCCGCGCCGCCCGGCCUCUGAACGAGCGGAGCGGUACGGAGGGGCGGGCGGGGAGCACCGCUCUGCUCCUCUCGGCUCCCCCCGCCCGGUGGGCGCGGAGCCGCCGAAGCCGGGAGCGCGGGGACCCCGCGGCGGCCCCACCUGGGCUCGGGCUGCCGGCACGGAUCAUCGCCCGCGGCGCUUUCGCUGCCGCUUGUGAAGAUUUUUAUUUGCUUCCGCACAAUCACGCCCACGGGCGCUGUGUGCGUGUGUGUUGGGUUGGCUUUUUUUUUUUUUUUUUUAGGAGGGGGGGCUUUUUUUCUUUUUUUUUUUUCUUUUUUUUUCUUUUUUUUUUUUUCUUUUUGCCUCUUUCUUCUUCUUCUGGUGGUGGAAAGCCCUAAUUACUGCGAUUGCUGAUGGACCUUGGAAAGAAGGCUGCGCCGGUGCCCCGCUCCGCAGUCGGACCCGCUCGUCGCCCGCCGCCCCCCGCCAGCCCCGCGGGCCCCCGCGCUCCCCCGGCAGCCGGAGGAGAGCGCCCGGCUCCCGCCCGCCAGGAUCGGAUCUCGCCUCGCCCUUUCCCCCUCAGCUCCGCUUGGAUUACAGCGCUGCCGCCGCUCGCUGAUCCCGCGCCAUGGAGAAAUCCACUGCAGUAUUAAUCCAAGGAGGUGCUCUGGGGACAGUUGGCAGCACAAUGGCUUCUCAGUACCUCGUAGUGGCUCUGGCCAUCUUCUCCUCUUGUACCCAGGUUGUAAUAGAAGCCAGCUCUUGGUGGUCUUUAGGGAUGAACCCUAUGAACCCCAUGAACCCUGUGCAGAUGUCAGAGGUGUAUAUAAUAGGAGCCCAGCCACUAUGUAGCCAACUAGCAGGGCUUUCCCAAGGACAGAAGAAACUCUGCCAGUUGUAUCAGGACCAUAUGCAGUUCAUUGGAGAGGGUGCAAAGACCGGCAUUAAGGAAUGCCAGUAUCAGUUCAGACAUAGAAGAUGGAAUUGCAGCACUGUGGACAACAACUCUGUUUUUGGCAGAGUCAUGCAGAUAGGCAGCCGGGAGACGGCGUUCACCUACGCAGUGAGCGCGGCCGGGGUGGUCAACGCCAUGAGCCGGGCAUGCCGGGAGGGCGAGCUCUCCUCUUGUGGCUGCAGCCGGGCCGCGCGGCCCAAGGACCUGCCCCGGGACUGGCUGUGGGGCGGCUGUGGGGACAACAUCGAGUAUGGAUACCGCUUUGCCAAGGAGUUUGUUGACGCCCGGGAACGGGAGAGAGUUUACCAGAGAGGCUCAUACGAGAGUGCUCGGAUCAUGAUGAACCUACACAACAAUGAGGCCGGGAGGAGAACUGUAUACAACCUGGCUGACGUAGCCUGUAAGUGCCACGGUGUCUCUGGUUCCUGUAGCCUGAAGACCUGUUGGCUUCAGCUUGCUGAUUUCCGCAAGGUAGGCGAUGCCCUGAAAGAGAAAUACGAUAGUGCCGCUGCCAUGAAACUCAACAGCCGGGGCAAGCUGGUGCAGAUGAACAGCCGCUUCAACGCACCCACCAUCCAUGACCUGAUCUACAUCGAUCCCAGCCCUGACUACUGCAUGCGCAAUGAGAGCACUGGGUCCCUGGGCACCCAGGGCCGCCUUUGCAAUAAGACCUCAGAGGGCAUGGACGGCUGUGAACUGAUGUGCUGCGGACGGGGGUACGACCAGUUCAAGACGGUGCAGCGAGAACGCUGCCACUGCAAGUUCCACUGGUGCUGCUAUGUGAAAUGCAAGUUGUGCACAGAGAUCGUGGACCAGUUUGUGUGCAAAUAGGAGAUGGACGAGGUGGGAGGAACUGCAGCCACCUGCCUGCGAGGGGUGUGGGCCCCUCACCCCUUCCACGGGACUUUUUCUGCUUUAUUUAUAGAGUCCAGUGAGUUGUUGUCUUCUUCUAAGA